CGGAAGAGCGUCCCAAUGAUCGUGAUUAAAAGCUUCUGUGGUUUGUUAGCCCGAGUUGGCCCCAACGCCCCUGCUGGCAAACUAGUAAAAGAACUGCGGUUCUACGCACUGGUUUGGGGAUGCCAAGCGUGAUUACAGCAGUCUCUCAUAUGAUAUCUCCAAGUGAUCUUUGCAUCUCGAGUUUCUCAUAUCUUGUGGUAUUUAAACGCCAUAAACUCUUUUAAAAUCAUGGGUCCCAAACGUAGUGUGCCUAGUGGUUCGAAAAGUGCUCCCAAGAAACGGAGGAGAGUGAUGAACUUGAAGGAAAAAGUAGAAUUGUUAGACAUGCUUCGUUCAGGCAAAACAGCUGCUGCGGUUGGCCGCCAUUACUGCAUUAAUGAGUCCACAGUAAGGCAUAUCAAGAAAAAAGAAAAGGAAAUCCGUGAAGCCAUUGCUGCAGCGGCACCAACAACUGCAAAGUAUUUGCAUAAACCCCGAGAUCCAAAUCUCUCUCGAGUAGAAAGUGCAACAUUCUUUUGGGUGCUGGAUUGUUAUAAAAAAGGCAUUCCAGUAGACUCUGGCAUCAUACGAGAAAAGGCUAAGUCCUUAUAUGAUUUCCUAAAGGAAAAUGAAGGUGAAGGGUCUACCUCUGCGGAUUUUCAGGCCAGCAAAGGCUGGUUUGAAAAUUUUAAAAAAAGGUUUAGCCUAUGCAGUGUAAAAGUAAUGGGAGAGGCAGCAUCUGCUGAUCAAGAGACAGCAUCUAUCGGUCAAGAGGCAGCUAGGGAGUUUCCUGAAACCCCGAAGAAACUGAUUGAAGAGAAAGGCAGCAUUCAACUUCUUCCUUUCAAGUUAGAUUGCAGAGAUGUACCAGAGGUUAAUGUUUUAGAGAGAUCGUUUUCAGUACACAAAGCUCACUCAGUAAAGGACAUGGAGAAUAUUUUUCAGCUGGUGAGAAAUGUUAUACCCCCUUUAACUACUAAAAAACAUAAAGGUCAAGAUGGAAGAAUAGGCAUAGUUGGAGGCUGCCAAGAGUACACAGGGGCUCCAUACUUUGCAGCAAUUUCAGCCCUCAAACUGGGUGCAGAUCUCUCCCAUGUAUUUUGUACCAAAGAUGCAGCCCCAGUGAUUAAGUCAUAUAGUCCAGAGUUGAUCGUUCAUCCUGUCCUUGAUAGUCCUCAUACUGAUGAAGAAGUUGCUAAGUGGUUACCCAGAUUACAUACCAUUGUCAUAGGACCGGGCUUAGGCAGAAAUGAUACCCUACUAGAGAAUGCUAAGGGCAUUAUAGAAAAAUCCAAGGUCAGGGGUAUUCCCGUGGUCAUUGAUGCUGAUGGGUUGUGGCUCAUUGCCCAGCAACCUUCCCUCAUUCAAGGUUAUCAGAGGGCAAUUCUCACACCCAACUAUAUGGAGUUCAGCAGACUCUAUGAAACCAUGUUUAGAACUUCAGUAGAUAGUAAUGAUAAUCAUAGAUGUGUGUUGAGACUCAGCCAAGCCUUAGGGAAUCUGACGGUUGUUCAGAAAGGAGAGAAAGAUAUUAUUUCGGAUGGUGAAAAGGUGCUUGUGUGUAGUCACGAAGGGAGCAGUAGAAGGUGUGGUGGACAAGGAGACCUUCUGUCUGGCUCACUUGGAGUCUUAGCACACUGGGCAUUUCUUGCUGGGCCCGAAAAAACAAAUGGUCAGAACCCUUUCCUCGUGGCUGCCUUUGGUGCGUGUUCUCUCACACGGCAAUGUAACAACCAAGCCUUUCAGAAAUACGGGCGCUCGAUGACCACCACUGACAUGGUUGCUGAAGUGGGGAUGGCCUUCAGCAAGCUGUUUGAAACUUGAAGCAGGGGGA